AUGGUCCUCCUCCAACACAAACACGGAACCAGGAUGAAGCUCCAUCAUCAUCCUCACCCUCUCGCGCCUGAACCCCAGCGCGGAUCCGGAUUGGCUCACGGAUCUCUGCUGCACGCUGAACCCGGAGAGCCGACAGAUAUAACUGCAGUGAUGGACUCUGGAGAUAUUCAGGUGAAGGUUCUGGACAAGCGCGCCUCAGGCCAGGCCUUCGAGGUGAUCCUGACGCCCACCAGCCCAGAGCCCAAAGACUUCCCUCUGUCCCCUCUGACCAAGAAGGAGACGUCCCUCCAUGAGAUCCAGAGGAAACUAGAGGCCGCCGAAGAAAGACGCAAGAGUCAGCAGGCCGAAGUGCUGAAGCAUCUGGCUGAGAAGCGCGAACACGAGAAGGAGGUGAUCCAAAAGGCCAUGGAGGAAAGCUGCAACUUCAGCAAAGCCACUCAGGAAAAACUCAUGCAAAAGAUGGAGGCCAACAAGGAGAACCGGGACGCUCAGAUGGCAGCGCUCAGCGAGAAGUUCAAGGAGAUGGAUAAGAAGCUGGAGGAGGUGCGGAAGAACAAGGAGGCGAUCAAAGACAAGGACAACUGA